AUGGCGGCCGAGGCUGUGCGGGAAGGGGAGGAGCGAUGGGAGAGCGAGGAUGCCAUCCUGGUGGAGGAGCUGGGGCUAGUGGGGGGUGACCUAAGGUUGGUGCUGCAACUGGUCGUGUUGGAGGGGGAGGACGGAGAGGACGAGGAGGACACGGAGGAGGCCGCGGAGGAGGUAGACGAGGCUGACACGGAGGAGGAAGACGAGUCUAGGGAGGCUCUAGAGGCCCUGCAGUUGGAGCUGGAGCGCAUGAAGAAACACGCCAGCAGCUCCUACUCUGCGCUCAGGCUCAGGUGUUGUCGGAGGCAGCAGCGUCCCCUGGAACACCGAAGCGCCCUUAUGCGGGGCAUCCCUGGCUUCUGGGCCAAGGCUUUUGUGAACCACCCACAGAUGUCAGCCGUGAUCAGGAAGCAAGAUGAAGGCCACCUUGGCUACAUGACGGAUUUGAAGGUGGAGGAACUCAGGUUUCCCCGUGAUUGCCGCCAGAUCCUGCUCUUCUUUCGAAAAAACCCCUACUUCCGGGAUGAAGUCCUUGUGAAGGAGUAUGUCCUCAGCGCUGCUGGGUAUGGACCGUCUCAUUCCACUCCCAUCCAGUGGCACCAGGAUUAUGAACAGGAGGCCUACAGUCGCAGGCACCACAACACCAGUCUUAACUCCUUCAACUGGUUCUCUGACCACAGCUUUGCUGGUUCUAGCACCAUAACUGAGAUCAUCAUGGAUGACUUGUGGCCCAACCCCUUGCAGGACAACGUGAGGAAGAAGGCCCCAGGAGAGGGACCCGAGAGGACGACAGCUCAGAUGAACGUGUGA